AUGCUAGAUAAUCUUGUUGGUUGUAUGAUGUAUCAAGAAGCAGAUGACACCGUUUUUCGCCUUCUCUUCGACGUAUAUACGUACCUUGACUUCAAAAGACUAGCAAAAUUCACCUUUGAGCUGGCGCAGUCUUUCGCGGCGGAGAGUGAUGACCUUAUGAGCAUACUUCCUAUCAACAAUUGGGUUGUAAAACUACGAAGUAGCUUUCUUGCUUGGCUUAAAAGUGGAGAAACUACUCUUUCUGUCCAGCUAUUGGAAAAACUUGCAUUUUUGGACCCUAUUAAAAAAGACUUAGCAAUCCAACUUAACAAAAUCUAUGCUCUCAAUGGUUUGGAAGUGCCCGUAAAAGCUAAUGCGAACUGGGCCGAUGUGCUUAACUCGCUUAUGAUUAGCUUGAGGAAAAAUCAAGACCGUGACAAGGCUCAAAGUUUUGCAAAGUAUCCUGAACUAGAUCCUUAUCUCGCUUCAGAGUAUUCCUGCGAUUACAUAGAGUUUAAAUUCGAUGUCGUUGAGAUACCAGCUAGCGCUGAAAUUGUCGAGGUCUCACCUGUUCAAGAAGACGACGUUACUCUGGUUGAUGUUAUUGAAAUUUCUCCACUGGUUGACACAGUUGAAAUCCAAACUCCGGCGGAAUCAAUGCCUCUCAAUGAAGCUGAGUCUUCGGUCAGCGAGAAGGCCUCGAUGAGAAUAUCCAGAAGACUCAAUCCGGAUGAGCUGAACCCCUUAGUAGCAGACAAUAUAGUUCUCCUGAGGCGGUAUUUCGUGGAGACAGAAGCUUUUUUUGAACUGAUCAAUGCUUUUCACGCAGAGAUCUCUCCAGGUUCGCUGCCAGUUCUAUCAGACGUUAUUCAAUUUCUCGUCAGCCCAAAUCCUAAUUCCCUUGAACCUCUCUAUACCUCUGAUUUUGUGCGCACGCUUAAUGAAUGGAAACUGGAUUUCUACGAGGAUACGAUAAUUUUUCGUGAGAAGUCCGACUCCAAAACAGAAAAAUCGAAGGCGGAUAGUGACAAGGCGAAACUUAUUGAGGUCUUGACGCGCUUUGGAAAUCAGUCCAGCUUUUCUCAAACCAUCCCUGACAGUAUCGACGAUACCGAGGACACAACUUCGAUAAAGAAAACUCUCUCCGAAAUUACUGCAAAAAAGUUGCCUCUUGUUCUUGUGAGGCUUGAGAUCUUGGCGUAUCUUUUUCUGUCUAUUUCUGACCUUUCUUGGUCUCCGGAUUUAAUUGAUGCUGUCUGUGAGUGGGUGACUUUCUAUGAGUUAGACUUAUUUGAACAUUUUAAACGCUCAAUUAGCUCGACUGUCACCAGAAAAGACAUUGUGCUCAUGCUAGGCAUAUACGAGAUGUUAGCAAAUCAGUUCAUCCUUGUUAAAAAACAAGUGGAAGACUCAACAGAAAACCUUUCCGAAAUUUCUAAAGCCACGAAAAGCUCCAACAGUUCCUUUUUAAAAGUUUUAAAUUUGAAAGAUCGUUUGAAUCGAUGGAAAUCCGUUCUAAAGGAUGUGUUAGACAGUGACGUUCUAGAUUCAAAAUCAAGCCCUGAUAUGUCUCUCAUCAUACGAUAUUAUUGGGUUUCGAACUAUGUCAUUGCAUCCGAGAGCUUAAGUUGGAGCGAAAAGAAAUACGCAGUGAUCCAUCUACACCAACUUCAAACUAUUCUUAAUCAUAACUCUCAUCCUGAAAUUCGAAUUUCAUUCCCAAACUAUGAUCAUAUUGGAGAGUUUUCUUUCGAGAAUUUGCAUCGCAGACUAUCGACUGCGUCCAUUUUGGCUAUUUUCUGCAAGAUUUUAAAUAGUAAUGGUCUCAAAUUGGAUGGUAAUGAUGAUACCAUUGCUCUCUUAGAAGCUAUUUUGAUAGAGAAUGGAAAUGAGAAUGCUUCAACAAACGAGGAUUCUAGUCAAUUUGCAGGUGAUUCUUUGGUCAAUUCUGUGAUUCAUGGUAGAGCGACCUUGGAUUCACACUCUUUGGAAUCAGUCAAGAACUUCCUCAAUGAAUGCCCAGUUGAUCUCAGGCUCAAUUUGUGGAACAUUCUUUUUCUGUACUAUGAAAAAGACUCCAUUGCGAAAUAUCAGGGUGGUUUUGAGCAAUACUUGGAUUUCAUGCUUUCAUUUUUGCUGAGCCCUGGCUAUUUGAAAUGUCAACGCGAACGUCCUUCUCUUCUCUUACAAUUGAUUUCCUCUUUCGAUGGCUAUUUGAAGGUUUUUCUCCGAAAUCUUGCUGUUCAUAAAUGGCAGUUACCCAAUCUUCAAUUUGAUGAUCAAGUCAUUUUGAAUAUUGGCCGUGUUUUCCAAUUGAGCUACUGCUUCAGUUUGCACGAGGAAUCAGCUCUUAUUACGGGGCGAAAAAUAUCCGUGGAGGUAAAAUCGCCUGCAGCUUUUAAUUAUUUCAAAGAUUUUGUGAUUGACUGCAUCACCAUUCUCCUAGUAUACUUUUUUGCUGUUGCAAAGAAUUUGGACUCUGCUAAGAGGGAAGAAUUCAUCGCUGCAAUGAUUAUCGUUGUACAUAACCAAUUAGGAAUUCGUCGCCUUUGUGACUCUUCAAAUGGCCUUUUCCUUCGCUUCGCAGAAGAUGUUUUAAUGGGUUUGCGGGAUGUACCAGACAAAGAACUAGCGCAGAUUCUUUCUUGCAGAUUUCACUAUAAAGUGAAACUAAAUGGCCAGUUCCCCAUAGAUCACUAUACCGAAAAGGUCGGUAAAUUGGAUAAGGUGAGUGCCGAGGAACUUGCCUCAUUUAUUUUGCCAUUUUGCUUUCGAAAGAAUCCCCUCACUCAUAAUCCACGUAAUGAUCUCAAGCAAGUUGUUGAAGAUCUUUAUGAAAUUAUUGGUGACCCUGAUCUCGAAUCCGAUGAGACAUUGCUGGUCAACGUUUCAAACAUAAAAAAAUUCUGCGAGCAGACCCUUCUCACUCCAAGGUUCGUCAAAGAGGCUUUCCAUGGGUUGCAACAUAUACCCUUGCAAACUCCACGUACUCGAAAUGUUGUGGCUGAGCAUGGUCUCUACUUUAUGGAAGCUAUUUUGAUGUUUAAUUUUUACAAAAUUAGAAAGAAAUCAGCUCAAAGCAGAACUGUUGAGCUAGAAAAAAUCGUCUCGUUCCUUAUUUUCGAUUUAGCCUAUGGAAGCAAUCGUGUGGAAAGUUGGAUACUUCUCGGACAAGCUUACAGUUUUCUCGUUGAGGAUGACUUGAUUUGGACAUCCGACAAAUUGAACAUCAUUGAAAGGAAAGUUGUUACAGCAAACUCUCAACGGAAAUCUCUAGUAAGUUAUUUGAUGGCUAUCAGCAUAAUGACUCACCAAAGGAUGAUCCAAGCUGAUGUCCUGAAACUUGUCGUGGCCAUGUUGAUGAGCUCAUUUGCCAAAGAGCUAUAUAGUGCUUGUUUUGCACCUAUGGAUAUGACAGCAUUUAUGGCAUACCCAAACCCUCGUCUUCUUCGCGCGAAUGGGCAAACUUCCAUCUCUUUGUUAUCAGAAAAGCCGUUGUUGACGAAGCUGUUCUGCUUGAAACUCAUGCUCCAAUGUAUCUUAUUGAGUAUUCGCUCAAAUGAAGAGGAUUGGUCCUCGUUUUACUACUUGGCAAAAAUUAAAGCGAAAUUGAGACACAAACCACUUGAUGUGCUUGAAGUCGUUAAGCAGGCGUCCUCGUUAGCGAAAAACUCCAGCGUUCCCGGCGACCUUAUUUUAGAGCCUGCUUAUAAAUACUUUAGCUUGCUCUACAAAUACCUAAGACGAGAUGAAAUAAACGCAUCCGAAGCGAUGAGUCUCCUCGUUCAAGAACCGUCAGUAUGCAUUGAGGUUUCACCUGCCUUCAUUAGCAAAGAAUCUGUGUUCAUUUCCCUCGUGAAUUGUUUUGGGAAAAUAUCGACCAUGGACAAAAAAGGCUGGUACCACAAGCCAUCAUAUCGUCAAGCUUUUAUUGUCAUGAACGAGUUCCACGAUCUGAAGAAAGCAAAAGAGAUUAUGUCGAAGUACUUCAGCUUGAAGUCAACUACCAAGACCUUCCUACAAUUGUGGAAACCGGAAAACGAACGUGCCGGGAAACAUUUUGUGUACAUGUACCAGUACGCUCGAUUUUACAUCACUGUUCUAACACAAGAGCGCGAUUUGACCUCCCUAGUGAAUAUGUUCCCUAAACUUCGAAAAGCAAAUUCCACAAUGGUACUGUUAUACUAUGCUUGGGAUCAUAUGUGCUCAUCUCUAUGUAAGUUCAUACGCCAAGUCUUUGGUAUUGAGGAAAAUUCCGUCGAAAAGUUCCUUUCUGCAAACAAUCACGCUUUGUUCGUGUCACAAGCCCGUAUUUUGGUCGACAAUUUUGACAGCGAAAAAAUCCCCGAACCAACCAUAUCGGUGCUAUGUUCCUUGAAUAUUUUAUCAGAGAUGCGAAAAUUGAACAAUGGAUUUGGGCCAACUUCUUUGAUUGAUGACACAUUCACAGCAUUCUUUCUCAUGAUAUUCAACGAAAUUAUUCAUGGACGGCAAAUUGCUGAGGACAUAAUCGCAGAAACGCCCGCAGGAAAAGUGAAGAAAUUAGCAAAGAAGGAUUUAUUUCCCUUUGCUAUUGAGCUAACCGCAAAAAGUAAACGCUUCACUGAUUCCUAUCUUAAAGAACAUCCCAAUAUCUUCAAUGAGUUCGUUUCCCAAUACGAAUUAAGGAUCAAACAAAUGUGGGCCAUGCUGCAACUUGUGAAUUAUCAAAAUCGUGUACAAGCAUUGAGUCAUAUUCAAAGAGUGAAUUUUGAUGCCGAGGCAGCAAAAUCUUGGUGGCUAUUUGAACAAAAGCUCUCCAUGAAGAAGAUGCUAUACAGCACAAUUCCUGACUCUAAAAGGUUGAUACAACAGGAUGAAGAUGAGCUUGUUGAAUUACCAGGAGUUCAAGAAUUAAAACCAUCAACUCAUGUGCUUUCAGCGAUCGUGUCUCAACCUCAAUUGAUGAAUAGAAGCGCUUUCGCACCAGCGGUUACGGACCACCCCAUGGCACAAAAUCUUAUGGGAAUAGUACCAGCCAAGUAUCUUAAUCCUGUGGAGCUGGAUACUGCGAUGCUGUCGCGAUUAGAAGUUGUACCUACCCAAGGCAAAUCAUCGGACUCUUCACAGAGUUUGGCAACAUCCAGUCACCACUUGACGAGAACCGCAGAUGAUAGGACUACCUUGCCACAAGAAAAUAAAGUCAAAGAUAGCCCUAGUGAAACUGGGGAGGGUACUGCUAAUGAAAAAUCUCAGUUCAGCAUCCCAAGUGAAGAUCCGAAAUUUGACAAGAUCGCUCGCAGCGGGCCAAAUACUCGAAGCAUGGAAGUUAUCGAUCUUGACUCAAGAGCAGGGUCAGAGGCUCCCCUGCCCAAAGCUACAAGUCCUCCCACUACUAUUCAUGAGGAUUCUAUUGCUUUGACGAAACUACAGUCGCAAUCAUUGGAGGUACAAAAAACAGAUUCACUGCCAGCAGCAGAAUCAUCAUUGCACAAGAUUGAGGGAGCUCCUGAACUGAUAUCUGCACAAAGGGAAGAAAGCAUAGUUGGAAACAAAGGCUUGGGAAAAGAGGUGCCGAUCAUAAUUGAGGAGCCUAAUGAACCCAUUUUUGUCCCGAGACGUAGAUCAUCCCGUCAAAGAGAAAAUCUCUUGAAGACUCGGUUAAACGGCUUAUCAAAAGAUGUGCCUAUAGUUGUCGAAAUUGAAGAUGAAGGCCCUAAAAGAUCCCCUUCGGAAGAGAAUCCCUUAGAGUCUGUUUCAAAGCGGAGGAAAGGAAGCAACAAAUCUUAG